CGCGGGCUGUGGGCGCGGUAGGGCCCUGGGGUUGGGGUAACAGGCGUCGCUGGGGCCAGCUCAGCGUGAGGUCCCGGGCGGGGGCGGAAGUAGGACCCGUACGGCUCCUUAUGGCGACGCCGUGGAUGGGAGACUGAAAAGAUCAAAUGACAACUAUCAAGCUCAGAAAAUAAAAUACCAAAAUUAUUGUUUCAUAUAGAAGACCAUGAUAACUGUGAUCAAGAUAUUAUUGCAUCACUUUUUUUUCUGAUACAAUUUUUCUGCGGUCAGAUUGCUUUUUUAUUGUGCUGCAGCUUGAAUUAAAUGUUCGCACAGAGUGGUGCUUCUUCCAUAUGAACCACUCUGCACUCUCUUAUUGAUUUGUAACUUACACCACCAACCAAGGCACCUUUGAAUUUGGCCCAAAGAGAGGAAGAACCAAGAAAACCUCAAAGGCCCAUAAAAAUGAGCUAGCUAUCUUUUUAAGCUUUUGGAUAAUAGAUCUUUCCUUACUUCUAAGCUGACCUUAUAUCCUCCAUCAACCAAACACAUGUUUAAAAUAAUAGUAGGGUGUGAGCCAGAUAUAUACAUACACACACAUAUGGAAAACCUUGAGGCAGUGGUGGAAUAAGAAUAAAAACUCACAACUGUCCUCUAGAAUAGAGAAGUUGAAAGAUAAUUACUGGUCUUGGUGAAUAGAAAGGAUAUGUGUGGUCAUUCCAGGUUAUCCCCAAGUCAAGCUGUGUCAUGAUAUGAUGCAAUGAUUAUUUGAUCCACAAAUAAUCAAUAGUUGCCAAUAGCAGUGGUCUGCAUAGGUGUAUUAAGGUGAGGCUUUUGCAAUGCAAGUCUGAGCUCUGGAACCUUUCAAAAUUCCUCAAGUUAAAUCUCUUAAAUCUGAUUUAAGAGAAGGUGAACAAGUUCUUAGCUGUGCAGCAACAAUUUUUUUUAGUUGAAUUACUUUUCAUAAAAACUUCUCCUCUCCUCCCCUUUUUCUUUAAAUAGAGGAUCAGAAUAAAUUGUGAAGCAGUGCAGCAUUCCUUGUGAAGAAAACUUCUGAACAGUGGCAAACCAGGCAUUUUCCCCAGAGGCUGCUUUCCCUCAUGGGAGGCGGAGGGAGAGAUGGGACCCCAGGCUUCUUUCAAGGGCAAGCAGGAUACAAUGGGAAAGCACAAAAGAGAGUCCCUACAAACCUAUAGCUGGUGGAGAGGACCACAGAAAAAACGAAAGAAAAAGAACAAAAUAAAAGCAGGAAGAACAGACUAUGUUAGUGUUGUUAAUCUUCCAAUCAGACCAGAUUUCUCAAUAGUUGUAGGAGAGCUAACUCCUGAAGUGGAUGAUUUUCAGCUCUAUGAUUAUUUUGUGAAAAGGUAUCCUACGUGCAUUGACUGCAAAAUAGCCACAGACCUAUUGGGAUACUCCAGGGGGUAUGGCUUUGUCAGAUUUGGUGAACAAGGUGAUCAGAUGAGAGCACUGCAAGACUGCCAAAAUGCACCAGGUCUAGGUGGAAAACGAAUCCGACUGAGUAUAGGAAUUUCUAAAAGAAUGAAAGCAGAAUUCCAGCGGUAUCAGUCCUAUAACUAUAAUGAUUAUUAUCAAGAUUAUCAGAACUACUACUCACAGUGGGGUUACGAUCCUUAUGCUGAUUACAACUAUAGCUAUCCUUCCUAUGACAACAUGCAAGCUGUUGGAGAUUCUGCUAUAGGAGACUCAGUUCUGACUCCAGCUGUAUUUGAGGAGACCCCAACUGUGGCUGAAAGCAAUGAUGAACUAAUAACUGAAGAUCCACAGCUCCAUCUGGAUGUUGAUGAAAUGAACAGACAAUUUAUGGAAAGAAGUGAAGAACUCUAUGACUCACUCAUGAAUUGUCAUUGGCAGCCUCUGGAUACGGUCACCUCUGAAAUCCCUAAUGCUUUCUAAAAGUGUCUUACAUGAAUAUAUAGCAUGACCGUUAUGACCAAGGUGCUAACAUUACAUUUCUUCUACAUUACUCUAGACCAUAAGUUUUAAAGCACAAGGAUGGGUUGUUUUGCUAAGCUUUUGACAGCCUUUGUAAUUUUUGUUCAUCACUCUACUCAUGAAGCAUCUUGAAAUCAUGUAAAUAUUCUAGAAAUGUAAAGAGUUGAAUAGAAUCUCAAGAUAGACUUGCUUGUGUAAAUAAAAUCUCGUUUCUGCAAA